GGAAUCAAGCAGGCGGCCUUCCUCGGCUGGCGAGGGCAUCCCUAUUCCACCGGUAACCUCUGUCCAACCAGAGGCGUCGGGUGCUUUAUUGGCGGCGCUGAAGAGCGCCUCCAUCGUCGAUGAACACCGUGCCCUUAAGGGUGCGGUGAUUGAGAAGAUUCGGUCCGCUAAAAAUGGACUGAAUGAAGCAUGUAUCGACCUUAUAACAGGUUUUGAGGUGUCUGUAGCGGCUACUGUCGCUCAUACCGCGGAGGUUUCUGGACUGAAUCAAAGUCUGGAGCGGGCCGAAGCGGAGCUUGGCCGGUUAAAAAGGCAGUUGGAAGAUCAACAAGUUUUGCACAAAUCUUGUUUGCGUUUAGUGCAAAUGAAUUUUCAGUAUGAUAGAAUAUGUGUCAUGGUUUGUGCCAGGGGUGAUGACCGAAGUCGAGGCUCUAAAGAAGGUUGUUGCCAAGCUGAGGAAAAGGCAGCCGCAGAGCAGGCUCUUCGUGAGAAGCACGAGGCCAAGGUUGUGGAAGCUAAGCGAGAGCUCCAAGAGACCAUGAAAAAAUGCGAGACCCUGGAGCAGAGUUUAACGGAGAAAGAAUCCGAACUCGCCAGGUCUCAUCAGGCCAUGUGCGAUGCUCGUGGGGAAACCCAAGACGCCCUACAAGAGAUCCAAGAGGCGAGGGAGAUCACGGCGGGGAUAUUUGCGGAACUUCCUCGCAGCAUAUCGGAUGCCGCCCAAUUCUACCGAGCCGAAGAGGGGAAUACUGUGGUUAAGCUCUUCUGGCCGCAGUAUCUAGCACCGAAUUAUCCGGUGCCUUUUACCGAUCAACUGAAACAGCUGAUCAAACUGCAUAAGGCGGCCGAACUAGCCAUAAAGGUUUGAUUAUCCGGCUAUGACCCGCCGAGCCGAUUCCAGGCAGCUACUUCGGGCUUGUGAAGCGACUUGUUAGUGCCUGCCCUCGACUUGACGUCAUCAAGCAGUCGGUCUGUAUAGAAGGUGCACGAGUGGCCUUUGCCCGCGCAAAGGUGCACUGGGGGAAGAUGGAUGCUGAAAAGCUGAUGACCGAGGGACCGCCAGAGGGAAAGGAGCACCGCAAGCCUGAAUUGUAUUAUGAAAGUGUCCUGAAAGGAUCCUGCCUUGCGGUGGAGCAAUGCACCAAGGAUAUUGUAUUUCCAUGAAUAUAGUCAUGUUGUCCUUUGUAAUGUGUGAACAAGGCCAUUUCUAUUAUUUAUUGCCUGUUAUAAAAGUUUACCCUCCUGCGCGGCCGUUUUA